AUGCUUCUCCAAAAUCGCGCCUCCAUCGCCAAAUCGUUCUCAACCUCGACGAACAUCCUCCCCUGGAGAGCUCAGAUCGAGCAGCAUCAGCUGGCCUCGCAGAUCUCCGCCCUCCUCCUGCAGAGGCGAAACUGGGCCCCUCUUCUUGAAACCCUCGACCUCCCUUCCCGCCUGAACCCAUCUCUCUUCCUCCGCGUCCUGCGCAGAAUCGAGACGAACCCUCGAAUAUCUCUCGGUUUCUUCAACUGGGUCGGGACCAGAUUGGGCUUUGGAGCGGACCUCAGGUCGUGCUGCCACAUCAUCCGUGUGCUGGUCGGGUCGGGUGAUGUCCAGGCGGCGAGACCCAUUUGGGAUUCGGUCGCUAAAGCUCACUCGGCGUCGAGAAUUGCGGAUUCGAUGAUGAGAGCGUCCGGAGGUAGAGGUUCUUGUCGGUCUAGCACGUUGAGCUUUGUCGUCGAGGGGUAUUCACAUGACGGUCUGUGUAUUGAAGGGUUGGAGGUGUUCGGGAAAAUGAGGAUGUGUGGAUUGACGCCUUCUGUCGAUGCGUGUAACGCAUUACUCGAUGCUUUGUGGCGAAAGGAUGAAAUCACAUUGGCGUGGUGCUUUUAUGGGGCGAUGAUUCGAGCACGUGUUUCGGAAGAUCGAGUUACAUGGUCUCUUAUUGCUCAGAUUUUGAGCAAAGGUGGGAAAUUUGAUAGGAUUGUUGCUCUCUUAGAUUUGGGAAUUUAUAGUUCAGUGAUGUACAAUGUUGUUAUUGAUCAUUAUAGCAAGAGUGGCGAGUUUGGUGCUGCAUUUGGUCGGUUAGCUGAAAUGCUUGAUAGGAGAGUUGAAGCAGGAUUCAGUACUUAUAGCUCAAUACUUGAUGGGGCUUGCCGACAUCGAGAUGUCAAUGUCACUGAGAAAACAAUUGGAGAGAUGAUAGAGAAGGGAUUUCUUUCGCCAAGUUCGUUGCUGGGUUAUGAUUCAGUCAUUCAGAAACUUAGUGACUUGGGAAAGGUGCAUGCUGCUGAGAUGUUUUUCGAGAAGGCUCUUGAAAACAAGGUUAAAUUGCUGAAUGCUACAUAUGGUUGUUUGCUACGGGCAAUGUCCAAAGAAGGCAGAGUAAAGGAAGCUAUUAGAAUGUACAGAAUGAUCAACGAAAGGAGUAUUGUUGUGAACGAUAGCUGUUAUGAUGCAUUUCUGGAUCUCCUUUGCAAGGAAGAUCCAUCAGAAGAAAAAAGUCAGCUGGUAAGAGAACUGAUCACGAGAGGGCUUUCUUCUUGCCAUUCGGGAUUGUCGAAUUUUUUAGCAUCCCAAUGUAGGAAGCGCAGAUGGAAAGAAGUGGAGGAUCUGUUGGAUGUGAUAUUAGAGAAGGGCCUGUCGCUGGAUACCUUCUGUUGUAGCUCCCUGGUCAGGCGUUACUGCUCGAUUGGGCAGAUGAGUAAAGCUGUAGCCUUACAUAAUAAGAUAUUGAAACUAGAGGCAACCUUGGACAAAAGUGCUUACAAUAUACUCCUUGAAGCCCUCCUCAGAGGGAGGGACAUUGACGAAGCAUUUAGUGUUUUUGAUCACAUGAGGAGAAGGGAUUUGGUUAGUACCGCGAGUUUUUCGAUCAUGAUUCGUGGGCUCUGCCGCAUCAAGGAACUGAGAAAGGCCAUGGCAUACCACGAUGAGAUGUUGGAAAUGGGGCUUAAACCUGACAAAGCAUCGUACACACGUUUAAUAUCAGGAUUUAGAUGA